AUGGAUUACCCGGACGAUCAUCUCCCAAAUCACGAGCCUCCCCCGGAGGAGUAUGCCUAUCCCGAUAUUGAUGAGACCUUCCAUUAUCCGUGGCAGGGACACCAGCCAACGGUCCAGGCCGAAUCCUCCAUUCACUCCGUCUUAGAUCCGCGUCUGUAUAAGGACUUGUUCACGGGCAAUGCCUCGCAAGUCCAAGAGCAAGCCUCCGUUGACGAGACAGAAGCGCCCCCUCAAGCCGACGACUCGGACGACUCCCUCUAUACAUUUGAGGAAGAAUUCGUGGAUGCACCCGCCGAUGACGAUGACGAGGGCUAUUCUCGGAGACGUCGCAGGGGCACCGGCCCCUUCUCGGGUCGAUACGGGGCUCGAGGUGGAAAAGGAAUCCGGAGAGGACCACGCAAGCCAUUGGAACCGAGCCCCGAGUUCAAGAUGUUGCAUUCAGAGGCAACGUCUGCCUUCAUCGACGGAGACUAUGACCGCGCCAUCGAUCUCACCAAGCGUGCGAUCCACGUCAACCCUGAGAUGUUCGCCGCUCAUUCGCUCUUGUCCGAAAUCUUCUUGGCCCAGGGUGAGAAAGACAAGGCGUUAACGGCGCUAUUUAACGGCGCGCACACGCGGCCCAAAGACCCCAAUGUCUGGCUCACCGUGGCCAGAAUGAUCCUGGAACGCGCCGGAGAGGAUCGUCAAAGCUCCCUGAAUGACGUGGUGUAUUGCUAUAGCCGUGUGAUUGAAAUCGACCAGAAGGACUACAACACCCGGUUCCAGCGUGCGGCGAUCUACCGGGAGUUGGGCUACAAUGGACGGGCGGCCACCGAGUUUGAACGAAUCCUCAAAGAAGUCCCACAUAACGUUCGGGCGCUGCGACAUCUUGCCGAAACCUACAUCGAUCUCAAUGAUGUCCAGAAAGCCGUGGAUCAGUGGCAGGUGAGCGUGGACUACUUCAUGUCUAUCGACCCGGAAGAGUCAUUCGGCUUCUCGUGGUCAGACGUCAACAUCUACGCCGAACUCUACAGCUAUCUGGGUCAGCACUUUGAGGGACUCCGAGCCCUCAAGUCGGUCUCACGAUGGCUCCUGGGCCGGAGAGACGAUACAAUGUGGGAGGAUUUCCAUGACGAUGACCGAGAAUGGGAUGCGGAUGACUCGCCCCGACGCAUCAAGGCCGAUGGCUAUGAGCCCCGAAGGUGGCCCCGAGAUUCGUACGGCCUAGGCCUGCCACUGGAGCUCCGAAUCAAGCUGGGACUUUUUCGGUUGAAGAUGGGAUAUGAAUACAAAGACGAAGCUUUGCACCACUUCGAAUGGCUGAACCCAGAGGAUACAUCCGAGAACGCCCGGUUGUAUGAUUAUGGCGACCUUUUCCGCGAGGCUGCGGACGCGCUGAAGGAGGUCGGACUUUUCGAGGAAGCACUGCGGUUCUACCUGCCGCUCCAGCAAACCAACGAGUAUGCCGAUGUCGGCUUCUUCAUGGCAAUGGGAGACUGUUGCAAAGCACUGGGCAAGCUCGAAGACGCCGAGAACUGUUAUCUUACAGUGGCCGAGCAUGAUGCAAGACAUGUCGAAUGCCGUGUGCAGCUCGCAAAGCUAUAUGAGAGCAUUGGCAUGUCCGAGGAGGCCCUCAAAUAUGUCAACGAAGCGGUCCUACUAGGAAGACAGGAGAGCCGAAGUAACCGCCGGCGCAAGGACACCAGGCUGGAACAGCUGGCCAUGGAAUUCAAGGCGGCCGAUGUGGCUCGCGAAGAGGCUGCCUUGAGCUCCAUUGCGCCACAGCCUCCCAGCACGGAUCUAUCUACGGCGGCCCUUACGACCAGUGCUGCCCCGGUCGACAAAGGCUUGGUGGAUGAAGAGCAAAGGACCGAAAACGUGCAGUAUCUCUAUGCCAAACUGUUGCAGUUGCUACCGCAAGUGAAGGAAGGGGACACCGAAGCCACCGAGGACUGGCUGGAUAUUGCAGAUGCGUUGUUGCGCGAGUUUCGGUCCAACCGAGUAUUCUAUCCGAUCCAACGCAACAUCACCUUUUUGGGAUAUUCGCGCGAAGCACAGCGAAGGGCCGGGAGACACAAGGGCCGGAACUUUAUCGAUGAAAUGCAAGAAAUGGCCGGGCGUCUCCAAGAGUCCUUAGGGAGUAUGCCUGAAGAGCCGCUCCAAGGAGCUAUACCGACAGAUUACUACGGAAUCAGUUUCAACGAGUGGCUCGACCUAUUCCUGCAGUACGCCCUGACCGUGGCCGCGCAGGGCGAAUCCGAUGAAGCGUAUGAUUCGCUUGCAGCUGCGGCCGAUGCCAGCGUCUGGUAUCACUCCAAGCCGGACACCCGUAUGAUUCACAUCUGCUGGUUCACUUGUGCGCUCCGAAUGCAGGAUGAAGAGACGCUUGCCAACGAAGCACGAUGGUUCAUCAAGGAGUACCAAUUCGUGACCGACACGUAUCGCUUGUUUUCCAUGUUGAGUCGCCUCAGUGGGGAUCCCCACCGGUCUCUUUUCCACUCCUCGCCGAACAUGAAGUUCAUGCUGCGCCAGAUCAAGGCCAUGGACUUUACGCUGCCGGACGAGGUGACCGGUGACCGGCCGAGCAGGGCUGUCCGCGAGUCGAUUUACAAGGAACGCGCAUCCUUGUCCACUCGUGAUGAAAUCACCGGCGAGGCCAUCCCGGCCGAUGAAAUGGACGUUGCCCUGCUUGUGUUGUACGGCCACAUCCUCUACUCGGGAAACAGUUUCUACCCAGCGCUGAAUUACUUCUUCCGCGCCUACGCGCUCGACGACCAGAACCCAGCCGUGCUCUUCUCCAUCGCGCUCUGCUACAUUCAUCAUUCCCUCAAACGUCAGUCCGAGAACCGACAUUACCUCAUCAUGCAGGGGCUGUCGUUCAUGCACGAGUAUCGACGGGUCCGCGAACGACCGGGCACGCUCCUGUCGGAGCGGCAGGAGAUGGAAUUCAACUUUGCCCGCGUAUGGCAUAGCCUGGGCCUGGCCCAUCUCGCCACCGAAGGCUACCAGUUGGUGCUCGAGCUCGGCGCACAGAUCCAGGCACAAACCCAAGCCCUCUCGAAGGACGGCCCCGAUGUCGUCAUGGGCGAGGCCGGGCGGACACCCUUUGUGGAGGACUUUUCGCGGGAAGCGGCGGUAGCGCUGCAGAUUAUCUAUGCGCUGAGCGGGGAUUACGAGUCCGCGCAGAAGGUCACGGCCAAAUGGCUGGUGAUUUGA